UAGUUUUUGGAAGUGCCUGCACUUCGAGGGCAGAGCUCGCUGUCGCCGGUAGGGGGCAGCAUUGUUCCGAGUCUGUGAACGACCUGACCGGAAAACAAGCAGGCAGAGCGGAGCGGAGGCAGGCAGAGGAAAGAUGGCAGCCGCGGCAGUGGCUGAGUUUCAGAGAGCACAGUCUCUUGUUGGAACAGACCGGAAUGCCUCUAUCGAUAUCUUACAUUCAAUAGUGAAGCGGGACAUCCAGGAGAGUGAUGAAGAGGCGGUGCGUGUUAAAGAGCAGAGCAUCCUGGAGCUGGGUGGGCUGCUGGCCAAGACCGGACAGGCUGCAGAGCUUGGGGGUCUGCUGAAGUAUGUACGCCCCUUCCUCAACUCCAUCUCCAAGGCCAAGGCAGCCCGGCUGGUCCGCUCCCUGCUGGACCUCUUCCUGGACAUGGAAGCAGCCACAGGUCAGGAGGUAGAGCUGUGUCUGGAGUGCAUAGAGUGGGCCAAGGCUGAGAAGAGGACCUUCCUCAGACAGGCGCUAGAGGCUCGUCUCAUCUCGCUGUAUUUCGACACAAAGUGCUACCACGAGGCACUACAACUUGGCUCCCAGUUGCUGCAGGAGCUGAAGAAGAUGGACGACAAGGCCCUGCUAGUGGAGGUUCAGCUGCUGGAGAGUAAGACCUACCAUGGGCUCAGUAACCUGCCCAAGGCCCGUGCCGCCCUUACAUCUGCCAGGACAACCGCCAACGCCAUCUACUGCCCCCCGAAACUACAAGCAGCUUUAGACAUGCAGUCAGGGAUCAUUCAUGCAGCGGAGGAGAAAGACUGGAAGACGGCUUACUCCUACUUCUACGAGGCCUUUGAGGGCUACGACUCAAUUGACAGCCCCCGAGCCAUCACAGCCCUCAAGUACAUGCUGCUCUGCAAAAUCAUGCUCAACGCGCCAGAGGAUGUCCAGGCCCUCAUCAGUGGGAAGCUAGCUCUGCGAUACGCUGGCAGACAGACAGACUCACUGAAAUGUGUGGCACAAGCCAGCAAGAAUCGGUCGCUGGCAGACUUUGAAAAGGCGCUAACAGAGUACAAAGCAGAGCUGAGGGAUGACCCCAUCAUCAGCACCCAUCUGACCAAGCUGUAUGACAACCUGCUGGAGCAGAACCUCAUCAGGGUCAUCGAACCUUUCUCCAGGGUCCAGAUAGCACACAUUUCCUCCCUCAUCAAACUCCCCAAGGGAUUUUGGACCAGGGUGAAGGCGUGCUGAUCGUGUUCAACGAGCCGGUGGUGGACAAGACGUACGAGGCGGCCCUGGAGACCAUUCAGAACAUGAGCAAAGUGGUGGACUCGCUCUACAACAAAGCCAAGAAGCUAACAUAAGAGAGAGCGAAACCAUCGGUCCUCCUGUCUGGAGUGACGCGGGCCAGUCAGACCUCCGUUGAUCACUUCAACCCGGGAGGGACGAGGGGAGGAGGACGAGGAGAUCACAAACCCUCUUAACAACCCAGCAAGCAAACAAACCAGCUGACCAUCCGAAGACGACCCAACAGAUUAACAAACUGACUGACAGGGUGGACACGCCGCUCCUCCUGGUCCUCCCUCAGCCCUCUGCUCUCCCUCCCCCCACUGUCUCUUCCUUCCAAUCUGACUGGGGUUGAUCUGACACAACGUGCUCCUCCCUAUGGACAAAUCCAGGCACUGUGCCCCUCUUCUCUUCUCCAACCACUAAGUUUCUACUGUAUGUAAAAUCGGACAAGCCUCCCUCCCCCCACACACUUUUUUCCCUCUGUUUCUCUCUGCACUGGCCAUCAGGGAAUCUUGUAAUAUAACAAUAAAAAAUACAUAUACAGUACUUAUAAAUACAUGUAUUAUAUAAAAAAAAAACAUGCUUGGUCUGUUCUCAGAGUGUAACCGGGGGUAAACGUGGGUAGGUCGGUCCUCUCUCCCACUGGAUUCUACCCGUUCUGUAACUGUUCAAUUCGCCAACCAGCCCCCAAACUGAAUGUUGGAGAAUUUUAGAUUUUUGAAAGAAUUUUUGAAAAGUUGCCCCGCAGUUAACUAGUUCGCCUGAAGAAUGGUUUUGAAAACAGAGGCUGUCAGAACAACCACCCUCCCUUCCCCCCCUCACACCCUUACCACGACCUUUGCACCCUCACCCGUUUCACCCCGAGGGGGUCUCACUCACUCACAAGGCAUUCUGGGAUUCGUGGACCAUACAGGGAAUUUGCUCUUCUGUCCACUCGGGACCAUGCCACAAGGAGAGGAGGACAUUCAUCAACACAGGGGGGUCUCCUUCAGCCCCCUUCCUCCGCCCCUGCACUUGUACUUCCUGUUUGUAUAUAACAUUGCCAAGCGCCUCUGUUCCUCCAAGGCCCGAUGUAUUCACACUGUCCCCUUUUUUUUAUAAUGCGUAAGAACUGAAUAAACCUCGCCACCGAGAGCUCGGUCAGUCACACAAAGUGCUUUUGAUGCUCGACAGGUGACUGGAGAGGGAACUCUGCGUUCUGAGAUGUGACGGUUGGUCGUGCAGGAAAGGGCGGGUUUCGCUGAAGAAAAUCAAGCUGUACAUUUCUGGGAACUUAAUUUUGCAAGGACUCGAGGGUUUACCAUAUAUGACAUAGAGAAAGACAAAUGCUAAUAAAAAAAAAAGAUUAAACCUG